AUGCUGACUCAUCUCUUCACCACCUUCGUGAAUCUGAUGAAAGCCUACGACACGGUGAAUCACGAAGGAUUGUGGAGAAUCAGACAGAAGCUGGGCUGUCCCGAGCGAUUCACGCACACUGUAUGUCAGCUCCACGAUGUGAUGAUGGCGUGUGUCACGGACAACGGCGUAAUCUCCGAGGCAUUUGCAGUGACCAAUGGAAUGAAGCAGGGAUGCAUACUCACACCCCCCAUCUUCCGUCUCAUGUUCUCUGACAUGCCGGUGGACGCCUACGGUGAUGAGCGUCCCGCGACACGCAUGGACUACAGGACCGACAGGCACCUUCCAAACAGCCGGCGAAUGAAGGCUCCCGUGAGUCUCUCUACAAUCACUAUCCAAGAUCUGCUCUUCGCUGACGACUGA